GGCUCUAAUGGCUCGGAAGAAACCCUCUGCUCCUCCACCAACUUGGACUUGUCGGCUCCCGGCGAAGUUGUUUGGUGCUGUCGUCGCUGUCAGCUCACUUGUUUCUCACUGUUAGACUUUUGUCAGCUUGUUGUAGCAAUUUUUUUUGGGAGGCUGGCUAAAGUUCCGAGCGGCGAUGUUGUAAACGAGUGGCAGCUCGCGAGUGGCAUGGAGAGCGCCGCACGUCAUUAGGAUGAGCGCCACAAGCAAGUAAACCGGACCUGGGACCAGACUAUUUGCUGGCACAACGCAGUUGAAGGUUUGAAGGCCGCGAAGCCAUGGAGGCCUCACAGGACCUCAACCAGCAAAUAGUGAAGAAAUCAAACAGUGACUCUCAUGUUCCAGAACCUUCCGACAACAGUUGCAGGUCUAUGGAAAUGCAGGACCUAGCCAGUCCUCAUAAUCGCGUGGGCGGCGGUGGCGAUUCCAAACUGGACAAGAACAACCUGGAAAGCCCGUCCACGGUCACCGCUAAUGGAACGGGAGGUGAGAACAUGACAGUUCUAAACACGGCGGAAUGGCUGCUGGGCUGUAGCAGCCCGCCUCCGCCGCCGACCUCCAAGGACUAUGUGAAGACAGAGCCCAUGAACAACAACGAUGCAGUGACCACGACAGGCGACGCCGUAUUGGACUCGUACGCCGGCUCAGUCAUUACUAGCAGUGGAUACAGUCCUCGCUCGGCGCACCAGUACUCUCCUCCCCUCUACCCGUCAAAGCCGUACCCUCACAUCCUAUCCACGCCGCCCGCCCCGUCCAUGCCGGCGUACGCGGGCCAGCCGCAGUUCGGCGGCAUGCAGCAGUCCGCCGUCUACACGUACUCGCAAACGGGGCAGGCUUACGGACUUUCCGGCUACGACCUGGGCGUGAUGCUGCCGGGCAUCAAAACGGAAAGCGGCCUAGCCCAGAGUCAGUCUCCUCUCCAGACGGGCCUCAGCUAUAGCCCGGGAUUCACUACGCCUCAACCCGGACAGACGGCCUACUCGCCCUAUCAGAUGCCAGGUUCAAGUUUCACCCCUUCCUCAGGCCUCUACGCCACCAACAAUUCUGUGUCCAGUCCCGCCAACUACACCGCAACACAGCAGGAAUAUCCCUCGUAUACAAGCUUUGGCCAAAAUCAGUACGCGCAGUAUUAUUCCGCCUCUACGUACGGGACGUAUAUGACGCCCGGCGGCGUGGAUGGCAGCGGCGCUACCGUCGCCGCCUACCAGCUUCAAGACCCCACGCCGGCCAUGACGGGACAGGCGGCAGAGCUUCACCCAGGGGACUUUGAGACGGUGCAGCGGCCCUCCACUCCCAUCAAGGACCUGGACGAGCGAGCGUGCCGGAGCGGUGGCGGCACAAAGUCGCGGGGACGGAGUAGGAAGAACAAUCCCUCACCGCCACCUGACAGCGAUCUAGAGAGGGUUUUCGUGUGGGAUCUGGACGAGACCAUCAUCGUCUUCCAUUCUCUGCUCACAGGUUCCUACGCACAGAAAUACGGAAAGGACCCGCCCAUGGCAGUCACGUUAGGGCUGAGGAUGGAGGAGAUGAUCUUCAACUUGGCUGAUUCGCAUUUGUUCUUCAACGAUUUGGAGGAGUGCGAUCAGGUACAUAUUGAUGACGUAUCGUCCGACGACAACGGGCAGGACUUAAGUACUUACAGUUUUGCAACUGAUGGCUUCCAUGCAGCUGCGACCAGCGCCAACCUGUGCCUGGCCACGGGCGUCCGCGGCGGCGUCGACUGGAUGAGGAAGCUGGCUUUCCGCUACAGGCGCGUCAAAGAGUUGUAUAGCACGUACAAAAACAAUGUGGGGGGUAAGACGGACGCCUAUCCGAGGGGCGCUUGGCAAAACGGACGUCGGCAUUACCGGCGCGUGACGCGUGCUCUCGUAGGUCUGCUGGGUCCCGCCAAACGAGACGCCUGGUUGCAGCUGCGAGCCGAAGUGGAAGCGCUGACAGACUCCUGGUUGACGCACGCGCUCAAGUCGCUGUCCAUCAUCAGCUCCAGGAGUAACUGCGUCAACGUGCUGGUGACCACCACGCAGCUCAUACCGGCGCUGGCAAAAAUUCUCCUGUACAGUCUGGGGUCGGUGUUCCCCAUCGAGAACAUCUACAGUGCGACAAAAAUAGGCAAAGAGAGCUGUUUUGAGCGUAUAGUGUCCCGCUUUGGCACUAACAUUACAUAUGUUGUGAUUGGCGAUGGCAAGGAUGAGGAGCAUGCGGCCGGCCAGCACAACAUGCCCUUCUGGAGAAUAUCCAGCCACUCUGACCUGCUGGCGUUACAUCAAGCACUGGAGUUCGAGUACCUGUAAAGGAUCCGCGAGGGACGUUUUUUAAAACUAUUUAAGAACAAACUAUACACUGCAAUUUUUUUUUUUUUCCAACGCCUGGAUUUACAAACUGAAUGGUCUUAAAAGCAACAAUGGAGGACCGCGAGUCCGGACUGAAGCUGGGUUUUUUUCCUGUACAGGCAGCACGUUAACACACCAGCUCAUUUUCAAUCUGUUCUGGGUCGUCUCACCUUUGUAAAUUAUUUGCAAUAAAAAUGAAGGGUGGGUGGUGUGUCGAUUUUUUUUUUUUUGUGGGGUGCGGUGAAUGGGGGUGUUGAGGAUGUGCAUCAUGUGUUGUGCCUUAAUGUGUUUUCAUGUCAGUUCUUUUCAUAAGUGUAAAUAUUAAAAGAGGAUCAAAUCUGGAGUGAUUUUUGAUUGGGAAGUACUACAUAUGAGUCCAUUGAGAAGGGUGUGGAAAGUUUAACUUACUUGGGAAAAAAAGUCUCCUUAUAAUCUAUUACAUAUUUAAAGGGAAAAUUCAGUAUCCUGAAAAAAUUCGGGAAGAAAAUAGUCCAAAAAUUAGCAAUGUUAGCUUCUCAAAAAAAUUAAGUCUGGAAAAAUAACCAAACAAUUCAUGUAGAGCAGGGGUCGGAAACCUAUGGCUCACGAGCCAGAUCUGCCUCUUUUGACAGCUGCAUCUGGCUAGCAGACAAAUCUUUAUUUAAAAAAAAAAAAAAAAAGUUUAGUUAUACUCCUUUGCGCAUUUCACGAACGGUCACCGGUCAUAUGCUAGUGUUGUGCAGUAAUGAGCAGACAUAACUUUCGCAGCGUAUGUUAACUUUUUUAUUGCUCCGACAACACUCGCGCACUAGAUAUCAAAUACCAACCAAGAUGCGCUACGUUAGAUCCCCCCCAAGUCCGAUGCCGUUGGCUGCAUGUGCCCAGGGUGAUGGGACACGUAGUUCAUAUACUUCUACAACUGGCAACUAGAAAGCCUGUUCACAGUAAUUUUAGUGAGAAAGUGGAAAACCUGUUGUCUAUUAAUCGCAACGCAGAUGAGGCAGAGACACUGUUCAAGUGGGGUUGCCGUAUUUUGCUGUCGAAAAUAGCGGCCGAUGCGCAAAUGUGCGUCAGAUCAAGAAGUAAACCUCGUUUUCUGUUUCGUUAUCCACGUUGUAAGCUAAUUUUAGAAACCCUUUUGAGAAGAUGGCUAAAAGAAAAAAAAAAGACUAGGAGUAUCAUACUUUUCAGCAGGAAUGGACAGAGGAAUUUGCCUUUGUGGAGUUUUUGACGACUUUGCAGAUACAGUUUAAAAUUAAAUGGAUAAAAGGCAUGCCUCUGUCGGCAAGAACUGUUCACGAUCGUAACAUGUCACGUCAAAUUGAGGCAACACAAGUGAAGGACAUAAAUUUGGCAGUUUUCGCUCUCGCUGUGGAUGACUCAACAGACGUAAGCAACUUAUCCCAGUUCAGCGUGAUUGCAAGGUUUUGACUAUGAAAGGGACAAGAGGAAAGGAUGUUCACGGUAAUUUUAGGGGGGAAAGUGGAAAACGUGUAUCAAUCGCAUAGGGAACGCAGAUGAGGCAGACUCUGUUCAAGUGGGGUUGCCGUAUUUUGCUGUCGAAAAUUGAGGCCGAUGCGCGAAUAUGCGCGAGAUCAUGAAGUAAACCUCGUUUUCAGUUUCGUUAUCCACGUAAGCUAAUUUUAGAAACCCUUUUGAGAAGAUGGCUAAAAAAAAAAAAAAAGACGAGUAUUGUGCUUUUCAGCAGGAAUGGACAGAGGAAUUUGCCUUUGUGGAGUGUUUUUGACGACUUUGCAGAUAAAAAGUUUACAAUUAAACAGGUAAAAGUAGGGCUGUCAAAAUUAUCGUGCUAACGGGCGGUAAUUAAUUUUUUAAAUUAAUCACGUUAAAAUAUUUCACGCAUUUAACGCACAUGGCCCACUCAAAUAGAUUAAAAUGACAGUACAGUGUAAUACCAGCUUGUUACUUGUUUUUGGUGUUUGGCGCCCUCUGCUGGCGCUUGGGUCCAACUGAUUUUAUGGGUUAGUACCAUGAGUGAGCAUGGUGUAAUUGUUGACAUCAACAAUGGUGAGCUACUAGUUUAUUUUUUGAUUGAAAAUUUUAAUAAAACGAAAACAUUAAGAGGGGUUUUAAUUUCUAUAACUUGUACUAACAUUUAUCUUUUAAAAACUACAAGCCUUUUUAUCCAUGGAUCACUUUAAGAGAAUGUUAAUAAUGUUAAUGCCAUCUUGAUUUAUUGUUAUGAUAAACAGUACUUAUGUACCGUAUGUUGAAUGUAUAUAUCCGUUUCGUCUUAUCUUUCCAUCCCAACAAUAUUUUACAGAAAAAUGGCACAUUUUAUAGAUGGUUUGAAUUGCGAUUAAUUAUGAUUAAUUUUUAAGUUGUAAUUAACUCGAUUAAAAAUUUUAAUCGUUUGACUGCCCUAGAUAAAAGACAUGCCUCUGUCGGCAAGAACUAUUCACGAUCAUACCAUCAUGUCACAUCAAAUUGAGGCAACGCAGGUGAAGGACAUAAUUUUGGCAGUUUUUUUCUCGCUUUGGAUGACUAAACAGACGUAAGCAAUUUAUCCCAGUUCAGCGUGAUUGCAAGGUUUUGACUAUGAAAGGGACAACAAGCGUGAAUGAUUUAUUCAAGUCCUUCACAGAGUCCACCAAAGAAAAAAAUCUACCGAUGGAUACUUAUUUCGGUGUGCACUGAUAGCACUCCAUGCGUGGUGGGGGAAAACAGGAUUCGUGCCGCUUCAUGAACAUGGAGAGACGCAUCCCAAGUUUCUACGCCUGCGUGAAGCUUAACCUCACCAAGUAUC